UCCACCCGUCAAAGCCCCUCUCGCCAAAAUCCCUCUCAGAACCCUAGCCCCCGCCGCGCCGCGCCGCCCCGCGGUUCCGCAUGGCCGGCGCCGCCGCGCUCCGGCGGGCCGCCCGCAGCGCCGUCCGCGCGCUGGCCAACGCCCCCUCCGCUGCCCUCUCCCGGGCUAUCGUGCUGCCCGAGCGCCUCCUGUCCUCCCAGGCGUCGCCGGAGCACCGCCCCCGCCCCGGCGUGUCGGCGUCGGAGCUGGGGCAGUACCCGCCGGAGCGGGUCCGGAACUUCUCCAUCAUCGCGCACGUCGACCACGGCAAGUCCACGCUCGCCGACCGGCUGCUGGAGCUCACCGGCACCAUCCAGAAGGGCCACGGGGCUCAGUACCUCGACAAGCUGCAGGUAGAGAAAGAAAGGGGCAUCACCGUCAAAGCCCAAACCGCGACUAUGUUCUACAAGCAUACAGUGGAAACUCCCGAGUCCAAUGGGACAGAUACUUCAAGCUAUUUGCUUAACCUAAUUGAUACUCCAGGUCAUGUGGAUUUCAGCUAUGAGGUCUCCAGGUCCCUAGCAGCAUGUCAGGGUGCUCUUUUAGUAGUUGAUGCAGCCCAAGGUGUACAGGCACAAACAAUUGCAAAUUUUUACCUUGCAUUUGAGUCAAACCUUAGCAUUAUUCCUGUCAUUAACAAGAUUGAUCAGCCUACUGCUGAUCCAGAUAAUGUGAAGGCCCAGUUGAAGAGGUUAUUUGACAUUGAUCCAAGUGAAGCUCUGCUCACUUCUGCCAAAACUGGUCAAGGCCUUAGCCAGGUGUUACCUGCUGUUAUCGAGCGUAUACCUUGCCCACCUGGGAAUUGUGAUUCACCUGUACGAAUGCUGCUCUUAGAUUCGUACUACGAUGAAUACAAAGGGGUGAUAUGUCAUGUUGCUAUUGUUGAUGGUGCGAUGCGUAAGGGAGAUAAGAUUUCAUCAGCUGCGACUGGUCGCACAUAUGAAGUCUUUGAUGUUGGCAUUAUGCAUCCUGAGCUUACCCCUACCGGAGUGCUUUACACUGGACAAGUUGGAUAUGUUAUAACUGGAAUGCGUUCAACUAAAGAGGCACGGAUUGGUGAUACUCUUCAUCAGGCUAAGACUAUCGUUGAACCACUUCCUGGUUUCAAGCCUGUGAGACACAUGGUCUUCUCUGGUGUAUACCCAGCUGAUGGUUCUGACUUUGAGGCUCUUAGCCAUGCAAUUGAGAAGCUAACAUGUAAUGAUGCCAGCGUGUCCGUUACAAAAGAGACAAGCACUGCACUUGGUAUGGGCUUCAGAUGUGGUUUCCUAGGAUUGCUGCACAUGGAUGUGUUUCAUCAACGGCUUGAACAAGAAUAUGGAGCUCAAGUCAUAUCCACGAUACCAACAGUACCAUAUAUCUUUGAAUAUGGUGAUGAAAGCAAAGUGCAAAUUGAGAACCCUGCGGCCUUGUCUUUCAAUGCUGGAAAACGUAUAACGGCCUGCUGGGAGCCAACAGUCAUUGCAACAAUUAUUAUUCCUAGUGAGUAUGUUGGGCCUGUAAUUAUGCUUUGUUCGGAAAGGAGGGGCGAACAGCAAGAAUAUACAUUCAUUGAUGCUAAUAGAGCUUUAUUGAAGUACCGAUUACCUUUGAGGGAGAUCAUUGUGGACUUCUACAAUGAGUUGAAAAGCAUAACAUCUGGCUAUGCUACUUUUGACUAUGAAGAUUCUGAGUAUCAAAAAUCUGAUCUUGUUAAGAUGGAUAUUCUACUUAACGGCCAGCCUGUUGAUGCUAUGGCCACUAUAAUCCAUAACCAAAAAGCUCAGAAGGUUGGAAGAGAAUUAGUGGAUAAGCUCAAGAAAUUUAUAGAAAGGCAAAUGUUUGAGAUCACUAUACAAGCAGCAAUUGGUUCAAAGGUUAUUGCAAGGGAAACUCUGUCAGCAAUGAGAAAGAACGUUCUGGCCAAGUGCUAUGGUGGUGAUAUCACCCGCAAAAAGAAGCUGCUAGAGAAGCAGAAGGAAGGGAAGAAGCGCAUGAAACGUGUUGGAUCCGUCGAUAUUCCCCAAGAGGCAUUCCACGAGCUACUCAAGGUCUCCAGUUCAAAGUAAACAGCCGUAUUUUAGCAUUGUAGCCUCAGUGUACCUGGAAGGUCUUCAUCCUAGUUAAGUGGGUACGUACUGUCGAAGAGUGUACUCUACCAUUUUGCGGGUUGCGCCUUUGCCAUUGUUGUGCUGGAGCCAAUGGUGAAACAUUGGUCCAGAAGUGCUUAGUUCACCGCGAGAAGUUUCACCUUCGGUGGCGCUUUUUGUUUUAAUUGUGUCUAGAACAUACACACCCUGGACCCUGGCACAGAAGAACCUUCACCACCACACGCUGACCCCGAGUGAGAAAUGGAUAACGUGUGGCAUCGCCGGCUGGUUCAUUGUUGGUGCGAUCACACGCCUGGUGCCGUGCUUUACUGCACAGUUUUUUUGGAAGCAGACCAGCAAACAAUGCUGCUAACAGUUUGUGUUUAUUGAAACUUCUGUGCACGGCAAAACAGUGGCUUAGAUCAUACUCAUACUUUGUUCUUUUUUAUUACGGAGAUCGUUCCUAUAGCUCUACCUAUAGCUCUACGUUUUUCUUUUUUACUUUUUGAGGUUUCCUAUAGUUCUCCUUUGUAUCUUUCUGGAAAUGCAAUAAUAUGGAACAAGUGGGGUUGCCCUCCCAAGUUUAGGGGUGCA